AUGCUGGUACCUGUCAAACCUCCUCGGUGUUUCGCUGAAAUGCCGGUUGGGCUUCAGCCUCACAGGGCUACAGACAGACAGACAAACAGACAGACAGACAGACCCACGGCACUGUCCGAGCUUUUCACCCGCCAAAUAUAUUUAACGUAGCCAUGCGUUAAAGGACUGAACACCAGCUCACUGACACGUUUUUGUGCUCUUUCGUCCCGGGGGAUUUAUUUUUCUCUACAGCGCUCUGCAUUACAACGGAAUUGGAGCUGAAUGAAUUGAAAGUCGGACGGUGGGUACAGGCUGAUGGACCGGGAACAACGGGGGCAAUAGAAGCCUGCAGUGCCCUGAUAUAGUGCUGAACGCCAGCACUGACCUACAUACCGCAGAGCUUAAUGGACGCGUCUUCAGGACAUCUCUGCUGUAGUAACUGACGUCCUGUUCAACCUUGUAACACAGUAAUAAGUGACCUUCAUUUUUAUUUUGCUGCGGCAGAACUGUCCAUAACAAGGUGAAUGUGCGUAUGACCAUAAUCAUCCAUGCAGACCAUGUCCUAUGCAAAAUAAGGGCACAAAUUGAACAGCAUGAAAAGGAUUCCGUGCUGGAUGUUUGGCUGACCUUUGGUAACGUUCUAGGGUUAAGAGGAAACCAGAUGAAAAAUUAACCAAGCAGGUGGCCAUCCUGGAGGAUCCUGGAUACUACACUCUCCCCCUGCCAUUUUCUCUCAGUAUCCUGCUGGACUAUGACAUUACACCAGCUUUGCUCUUCGGAUUAGUCUACAGCUCACGAGGCCCAGGCAAAGCCGGGAUCAAAGGUCAGAAGAAGAGCAGGGCUGAAAGAAGCCUGCAGAUGCCUUAUCUAGUCGUAAGCAAGAUAAUUCAUGGUGAUCACAUAACAUGCUGUGAUCAGCAAUAAAUGAAACAGCCAAGCAAUAAAAAGGGAAGGGCUUUGCAGAGAAAGUCCAAUUCAAGUAGAGAUUCACUUGUGUUGCCGUCAUGCUUCUGAACUGUGGGCAGCCGUUACCUCUUCUGAGGCAUACGGACGUGCCGCCUCGGGUCAUAGAAAACUUCAUCCUGACUGGCUAUCGCUUCCCAAACUACAGCCUGAGGGAUUGCUUACUAUCAGCAUUCAGGCCCACCAAUGAAACAGGCAACUUCUGGACACAUUUCCUCCCAGUUUUUAUUUUUUCGUACUAUUUUGUGGAGGUGUUUGGUUGGGAAGGUGCGCCACAUAGUGACGGCCCGUUCUUCUAUCCUUUGUGGAACUACUUUAUCGGGGUGUUCUGUCUUCUAAUGGCUAGCAGCAUGGCCCACCUGCUCAACUCGAUGUCUCUGGUGGUAAGAGAAGUCUGCUUCUUUGUGGAUUACGGCACAAUCAGUUCCUACACGGUUGGCUCAUCGUUGGCAUACUACUACUACAUCCACCCUCGGGCAGGGAUAGUGGAGACCGGAGGACGCAAUGGCUCCCAUGUGGACUUGAAAGAUGAACCUGCAGGCUCUCUUACAUCACCCUAUGCAAUCCCAGAUUUCUGUGUAUUUUUUGAGACCUUCUACAUCCCGUCCGCGUGUGUUGUAGCAAUCAUUUGUGUCUUAUCUUGCUGCAACUCUCGCCAGAGGUGGAGGCGACACCGGUACGUCAUCCGAACCUUUGUUUUCCUCCUUCCAUUCCUCGUUUCCUCCACGCCAGUCUUCUACCGCCUCCUCACCAGAUCACCUUACUCUACCACCUCCUCCUCUUUUGCCGCUUCCAGCUCCACGGCCAGCUACUUCUAUCGCCACUGCCUCUGGCUGCUGGUGUCAGCCGUCUUCAAUAUCAGCAAGUUCCCCGAGCGGCUAUCCCCGGGUCGCUUCGACAUCUGGGGCCACAGCCACCAGUGGUUCCACUGUUGCACGUUUUUGUCCAUCCUCGACGAACUCCACAUGAUCAAGACUGAGGUGAGGGCAAUCCUGCUCAGCCCGACUCUACUGCUGCCCCCUGCCACCCUCUCUCGCCUACCUGGACCUACCAUAGCUUCCACCUACGGGGUGAUGUUCCUCCUCCAGACCACCAUCGUCUCCAUCAUCGUUUGGUUCUCCUGGCACGCCAACUGCAUCUACGGACCAGAGAGAGAUCAGCUAGCAAAGGAAAACCCUAAGAAACACAUGAAAUGCCACUAAUCACAAAUACAUCUUUUUUCUUAAUCAUCUUCAACUGUGAAGGAAGAUUUGCACAUGCAUACAGAGCCAUGCCACAAAGAGAUGCGCACAAGUAAAACAAUAUUGUCCCUCCUGAUUUUCAAGUCUGUCAUAUGUUCCACCCCCUUCAGGAGUGUUUUUCAAGCUCUCAUAAGCGGUAAUCGGGGACAACGUGAGAUGAAAGGAUUAUAUUCUGAGCUCACCACAGGGUGGCUGUCUGGUUGAGUGGAUAUUGAAAGACAUUGCCAGUUCUUUCCCCUGAGCUAUUUCAGAAUGUUCUAACAGGAUGUCUGAGCAGUGGCGAUACCUACCUCUAGGGACUGCGCACUUCAGGACACAGGAAAGGUGUUGGUCACCAGGAGAACAUAUUCCAUGUAACAUUUGGGUAAUGUGGCUUAAAUGUCAGCGUGACCAUUUACAGAAGUUGCUGCGUGUGUAGUCUGUUGGCAAGUAGUUCCUCCUGUGGCACUUCCCCUUGCUCUGACCUUAAACAGCAUCUUUUGCAAAGUAGCUGCAUAGGUUGUAGUAGAACCUAUAGUUUCACGUCGAAUGGAUCCUUUUCUGGCCUUUGUUAACCACAUCUUUCUCUUCCUCUGCCUUACACGAACGCUCACAAUGCAAUCUCAUUUCCUCUCUUUCCAAAUGACCCUUGCAGCAGGAAGUGCGGUGGCCUUGACGACGCAACAGAAAUAGCUGAGAGCUCGUAUCAGUCGUACAGUAAAGCACUUUCAGGGGGCCGGUCAAACUCGCCCUGUCAUUAAGAAGCCAUGCUUGCUUAUUAACCUUAAAGGACGCGUAACAUUACUGAGGCACAUAAUGAUGUCCUGCUGACAUGUUCUGUUGGAGUACUUGGGUCAUUUCAAUGUGAAGUGUAUAGUGCUGUGA